CCCCGGCUUUGACUGCAGGUGCAUUCACGUGACCGACAUCGGCAUCGGCUACUUGUCGACGAUGACGUCUCUGACGUCUCUGACGCUCCGCUGGUGCACGCAGAUCAGAGACUUUGGUCUGCACCACCUCUGCUCCAUGAGAAACCUGCUGGUGCUCAGUUUGGCAGGCUGUACGCAGCUGUCGCCCAGCGGUCUGUCCAGUCUGGUUCAGCUCCGCCAGCUGGUGGAGCUCGAGCUGACCAACUGCCCCGGCAGCUCGCACGAGCUCAAUGACUACCUGAGGGAGAACCUGCCCCACUGCUGGGUCUACGACUGAGCAACUGAGCGCGGCGCUGUGCCGCUGCGUCUGUGGCAGCCACUCGGAACAGUCAGCGCGCCCGCUCUCGGCGCGGUCCGCCGGCUGGUUGUACAGCCCGCCGGCUGAGCGGCCGAUCGAUGAGCCCGCCCUGCGCCCGCUCAGCGACUCACACGUGUCAUUAGCCGUGUCUAUGCGGGAGCGCUCCAUUGACCGUCUUACAAGGUGUUACCCAUGUGGGUGUAUCGUGUGUCAAUUGUCAUAGACUAAAACUGAGCGUUCCGAGGAGAUCCUGUGGCGGCGCCCUGCUGACGGGGCUCUGUGCCUACCAGACACAGAGGGCCAGGGAGCCGGCGCCCUGCUGACGGGGCUCUGUGCCUGCCAGACACAGAGGGCCAGGGAGCCGGCGCCCUGCUGACGGGGCUCUGUGACUGCCAGACACAUAGGGCCAGGGAGCCGGCGCCCUGCUGACGGGGCUCUGUGACUGCCCGACACAUAGGGCCAGGGAGCCGGCGCCCUGCUGACGGGGCUCUGUGACUGCCCGACACAUAGGGCCAGGGAGCCGGGGACGGCGGCAGCGGGCCAGGGAUGGCGGCAGUGCACAGUGGGGAUUUUUACGUUCCAGCGCGACUUUAUUCCAAAACCCCUUUUUCGCUUUGGAUAGUUUUUUUUGUAUCAGUUGGAUUAGGAAAUGUCUGAAAUUUUCAUAUUUGGCAUUGUUUUGUCUGUGUGUUCACAGAAAAGCGAUGAAAAACGUGCCCAAAGUUCACAUUUGUACGCAAUUCAAUGGGCUCAGUAAAAGUAUCCAAAAUUAGGCCUCACUUUCAUUGGCUGGUCCUGUUUGUUUUAUUUGAACGGGAUUUUUAAAUUGCUUAUCUCAUAUGAAAAGCGCAUUGGCAUGAGGAAGGGGAUGACAAGCAGAAAUUAAACCAUAACCUUACUAAGGUUACGAAAAUGUCAUUUUUAAAGAACCCUUACAGGCACCAUAUUAACCCGCGCCCCGUAGGGGGGGGGGGGGCGAAACGGCCCCGCCUGUCCUUUUCGGUGUAUAUCUCCUAAACGGUUGCAGACAUCGCCACCAAACUUUCAGGACCCCUCCGGGCAUCAAUUUUACACAUUGUGACCAAAGGUUUUUCCAGAGGCUAUGAUAGGUUGGCCACAAAUGACGUCAGAAUGACGUCAUGUUCUGCCAUUUUCGACCUAAAAAAGAGCUUCGCGAGUAGAGCUGUCGGGACUACAGCUUUGAAGAUGCAAAAAAAAAAAUAUAAAGACAUAAAAGGUGUAAAAUUCACAG